AUGUCUGAUCCAUCAGUGAAGACAGAUCUGAAGAUGCCAUCAGCGAGAGAGCGCCGCUCUUUCUCCUUCUGUCUCUCUCAAUCCAGCUCAGUGACUGGAGCUUUGGGCUCUGAAGCUCUGCUCUCUUUGAGUCGUCAGAAACCCUACGGUGACGCGAGCGGGAGGCGGAGCGUCAUACAGGAAGACGCGCGCGUCACGGAAUCCGCUGCUUCUCUUCAGUCAAAUCCGCGCUCGCAUCGCGUCGCAUCGCAUCCAUAUUCAGAGAUGCAGCGACACCAGCUCUGGCGCGCGUUUGCGCUCCUCUAUUUGCCGGUUUUAGGAAGCGCCAUUGAUUUUAAAACGCGGACGGGACCGCGAGUGACGGAUAAGGUGUUUCUUGACAUCACCGUCGGAGGACACGAGGUUGGCAGGAUCGUGAUUGGUCUGUUCGGAGAGGUCGCUCCGCUGACCGUGCAGAACUUCGUGGCUCUUGCCACAGGAGAGGAGGGUUACGGGUACAAAGGCAGCAAGUUCCAUCGGGUUAUCAAGGAUUUCAUGAUCCAAGCAGGAGAUUUCACCGCUGGAGACGGAACAGGAGGAAAAAGCAUCUACGGAAGCACGUUUGCAGAUGAGAGCUUCAGGCUCAAGCAUCUGGGCGCAGGUUGGGUCAGCAUGGCAAACGCCGGGCCCGACACCAACGGCUCGCAGUUCUUCAUUACUUUAGCCAGAGCGCCGUGGCUGGACGGAAAACACGUGGUGUUUGGCAAAGUCCUGGAGGGGAUGGCUGUGGUUCACACCAUCGAGCUCCAGGACACGAACGAUCGUAACCUGCCCUACACCGAGUGUGUGAUCGUCAACAGCGGCAAGAUCAAGCUCAAAGAGCCCUUCGUCGUGGAAGUGGAGCGAUGGUGAACCGUUAUGAUUUCUGUGUUUAUAUAUUCAUAUCUGCUGGUGGUGGAGUCGUGUCGUUAGAUUCUUCUCUUACUAUGAGAGAAUAUUCAGAGAAAUCACACCGUCAUACGGCCAAAUGUGACCUGUUCUGGCAAGAUGAGUCGAAAUGAGCAAAUUUACAAAAAUGAGUUAAAUUUAUUUUCAUUCUCCAUUAAAAUUACCUUCAAAAUGACUUGUAGGAAUCUGACAAAAAAUGGCUGAGCUACAUCUGUUUGAAGUUGAUUUUGAGAAAAAACGAGUUAAAGUUUUCUGUAGGUUCCAAAGAAAAAUCACCAAGGCAACGUUGCAU